AUGACGUCUGUUAGAAAGAGAAAGAUGAAGAGAUCAUCAGUAGGUAAAGCUACUAGACGGACAAAAGACAAACAAAGAAAGGUAAAUAUCAAGUCAAAUCCUAUUAUUGCAGAAAACUGGGAUUACUCAUUGACUUUAACUCAGAAUUAUAAAAAACUUGGGCUGAGAAUGAAGUCUCAAACACCUGCAGGUGGUCAAGAAAUCGAUUAUUCAAAACCUUCUGAAAAGAAGCCUCUAACGAGAUCUGCAUUUGAAGAAGAUGAUGACGAUGAAGAAGUAUCUAGUGACAAUUCGAACGAUAUAAAUCCAGAAGAGCUUGAUGCUGAAGGAUAUUUUGAUGAACAAAAAAUCCCUGAAGGGGAAGCAAGAAUUCAAAGAGAUUCCAAUGGGGAUGUAGUUAAAGUUGUGUACGGUAAAAUGAAAAAGUUUGACGUAGAUGAAUCAGUGGAAGAUUUAAAGAAGAAAGUAAGCUCUGAAACAACUGAGGUAGUUAAGAAACUAGAAGAAUUUGCUAACAGACCUUUAGUCAAACAGGAAAGAACCCAAAGUGAACGAGAAGAGCAAUGGAUAGAACAAUUAUAUAAGAAACAUGGUAAUAAUUUCAAAAAAAUGUUCUUCGACUCUAAAUUAAAUAUCUAUCAACAAAGUGAAGGAGAUUUGAAAAGGAGGGUGACUAAAUGGAAAAAAAAGCACAAUAUUGAAUGA